AUGGCAUUUUACAAUAACAAUAACAGCGACGGCGAUUCAUCUUCUUUUUACCAGUUGGAUGACGUUUUAUCACUGCUUAAAGCUAAAAUAAUUCUGUUCCGCCGUUCAUCAUAUUCUUAUCGAGGGAAUGAAUGCGUCCAUAAACACUUCACGGCAAAGCCGGAGUUUGACAGCAGAAAAGAGACAAAGCUCAAAUGCGUCCACUUCACGGCAAAGCCGGAUUGUUUUAAGAUAGUCACUUUGAUUUGUGACUUUGAAAACCAAUCUUCACCUCCAAGCAUCACCAAGAUGAGCUUAGUUGUCUCUUCUGGCCUUGUAUGGACCUCUACACAAGAGAACAUGGUUACUAAAUUGACAGGAUUUACCGGUAGAUUAACAUGGGAGAAGGGAGAUGGGGAUCGAGGGAGAAGAGGAAAGCUGACCUCUUUUAAAAACAGCGACCAAAUUGCAGAGCCAAGAGCUACAGAGUCUUACUUCUCUGAGAAGAUUGAUUACUUGAAGGAUAAAGUCCAAACUACAUUCGUCAAAGAUCGUAGAGCAAUGAAGAGAGCAUAUGAAGAAUACAAAGUGAGGUUCAAUUCUUUAGUAAUAAAGCUUAGAAGAAACAUGUAUCUAGGAAAAUAA